AUGGAUUCUUCGACUACCAGCAACGGUAACACCUUCCUGAGCCGCUUCACCGGCUGCUACAUGGACUGGAUUGAACAACAGAAACAAGACCUCGAUGAACUCAACCAUGCUCUGUUGACAUCUGCCAAUGAUGACGCCAAUCUCCGUGUGGUCAUCGGCCGUAUCUUGGAUCAUUUCCAUGACUUCCUCCACAGGCGUUUGGAGCUCGUUCUCAUCGACGCGCCGACCUUGUUGUGCAAGUACUGGAGCAGCAUUAAUUUGGAGAGAUCCAUCCUCUGGAUGGGCGAAUGCCGCCCCACCAUGUCAAUCCGUCUGGUGUUAGCCAUCUGUCGCAUGGAGACUGUUGCGUCACUUCUCGGGGGAGUGAGGACCGGGAAUCUGGGCGAGCUGGAUUAUUAUCAGCUCAACAGCAUUAACACGCUCCUAUUGAAGACAGUUGAGGAUGAGGAUGCACUCCAUAGUAAAAUGGCUAGUUUUCAGGAGAGAACUUGGGACGAGCCAUUGAUAAGAAUAGUGAGGAAUGCGAACCGAGUUGGGGAGUGGACUGAGGAAGUGAGUAAGGCAUUGGAUGUAUAUGCAGCUAAUUUGGGGGAUUUGCUUAAGGAAGCAGACAAGCUGAGGAUGGACACACUCAAAGAUCUGGUUGAAAUUCUCACCCCAUUUCAGGCUGUUGAUAUGCUCAUCUCCUCCAAGAAGCUUCAACUCUCUCUUCAUGGAGACACCAACACCACCACCAACAACACCAACACCAACAACACCAACACCAACAACACCAACACCAACAACACCACCACCAACAACUGA